CAACGGGCGGAGGUUCCAGACCUAGGACUCCUGUGUUCCCCGCGCAGUAAAGAUACAUGGCCAGAGCUGGUGGGAACCUUGGGUUCUGGGGGAGCCUGGUGCUACUGGUGCUGUCCGGCUUCACUGUGGCCAGGGUGGCUGCUCUAAACCCAGUGAGAAACCUAAAGGCAGAGAACCAGACCAACACCUCCAUCACCCUGACCUGGGACAUCCCGGAGGAUACUGACCCCCAGAACCUGACCUACUGGGUGCAGUGGUUUGAGGAUGCCGACAGAAAUACUACUCAAAACACAACAGACACCAGUUUCACGGUGGGUGGUCUUGCUCCUGCUUCGUCAUACGAAUUUUCCGUGUGGGUAGAAAAAGACGGAAACAGAAGUCUCCCGCAGAACCUCAGUGUCUCCACAGCCCCAAACCCAGUGGGAAACCUAAGGGUGACACAUCAGACCACCAGCUCCAUCAGCCUGAUGUGGGAUGUCCCUGAGGGCCACCCCUCCCAGGACCUCACCUACUGGGCUGAGUGCAGCAGAGGAGGUGGCAGUAAUGCUACCCGGGACACACCAGACACCAGUGUCACCGUGGAUGGACUGGAUCCUGGCUCUUCCUAUGAAUGUUCUAUGUGGGUGGAGAGAGAUGGGCUCAACAGCUCCAUCCAGACUCUAAAUGCCUCCACAGCUCCAAACCCAGUGGGAAACCUAAGGGUGACACAUCAGACCACCAGCUCCAUCAGCCUGAUGUGGGAUGUCCCUGAGGGCCACCCCUCCCAGGACCUCACCUUCUGGGCUGAGUGCAAUAGAGAAGGUGGCAGUAAUGCUACCCAGAACACACCAGACACCAGUGUCACCGUGGAUGGACUGGAUCCUGGCUCUUCCUAUGCAUGUUCUGUGUGGGUGGAGAGAGAUGGGCUCAACAGCUCCAUCCAGACUCUAAAUGCUUCCACAGCUCCAAACCCAGUGGGAAACCUAAGGGUGACACAUCAGACCACCAGCUCCAUCAGCCUGAUGUGGGAUGUCCCUGAGGGCCACCCCUCCCAGGACCUCACCUUCUGGGCUGAGUGCAAUAGAGAAGGUGGCAGUAAUGCUACCCAGAACACACCAGACACCAGUGUCACCGUGGAUGGACUGGAUCCUGGCUCUUCCUAUGCAUGUUCUGUGUGGGUGGAGAGAGAUGGGCUCAACAGCUCCAUCCAGACUCUAAAUGCUUCCACAGCUCCAAACCCAGUGGGACACCUAAGGGUGACACAUCAGACCACCAGCUCCAUCAGCCUGAUGUGGGAUGUCCCUGAGGGCCACCCCUCCCAGGACCUCACCUACUGGGCUGAGUGCAGUAGAGAAGGUGGCAGUAAUGCUACCCGGGACACACCAGACACCAGUGUCACCGUGGAUGGACUGGAUCCUGGCUCUUCCUAUGAAUGUUCUGUGUGGGUGGAGAGAGAUGGGCUCAACAGCUCCAAGGUGACUGUCUAUAACUCCACAGAGCCAGCUGCUGUCAACAGCAUCUCCUGUGUCAGCAUCUCUGGGGGCUACGGGCUCUUCCUGAACUGGUCCUGCCCAUCCGGGGGCUAUGACACCUUUGAGGUGGAAGUGGGCAGACAAAGGAGCUCCCAGAAAGGAGAUCUGUGUGGGAAGGGCGUGUCUGUGUCAGACCUUGGGCCAGCUCAGUCCUACACGGCCACCGUCACGACUGUCUCGAACGGACUGAAGGCCCCUUCCUUCUCUGUGACCUGCUACACAGAGAGCGCGGGGGUCAUUGCAGGAACCAUCGUGGGAGUCCUCCUGUUCCUAAUCCUCCUGGGCCUCCUGAUUUUCUUCCUGAGGAGGAGAAAGAAGAUCCAGGAGAAGGAAGUGCCCGCGGAUCUGGUGUUCAGAUUCUCAGGGGAUAUCCUAGCCAAAGACUUUGCUGACCAUGUCAGGGAGAACAAGAAGGACAGCAAUUAUGGAUUUUCCAAGGAGUAUCAGCAACUGACUCUGGAGGAGCAAGGUCAGUCUCAGUCGACAGCAUCGGCUUUAGAGAACACAUCCAAGAACCGUUACAGGAAUGUACUGCCCUAUGACUGGUCCCGGGUGCCCCUGAAGCCCCUCCAGGAGGAACCAGGCUCCGACUAUAUCAACGCUAGCUUCAUACCUGGCCUCUGGAGCCCCAAGGAAUUUAUUGCAACCCAGGGUCCCCUGCCUCACACGGUGGGUGAUUUCUGGCGGAUGGUGUGGGAGCAGCAGAGCCGCACCCUGGUCAUGCUAACUAACUGCAUGGAGUCUGGACGGGUGAAGUGUGAGCAUUACUGGCCUCUGGAUUCUCAACCCUGCACUCAUGGGCAGUUGCAGGUGACACUGGUGAAUGAGGACGUGAAGGAGAACUGGGCAGUGAGGGAUCUCCAGCUCUUCCACGUGAAAGAACAGCAGUCUCUCUCUGUGCGCCAAUUCCACUACCUGGCCUGGCCAGAUCAUGGCGUUCCUUACUCCCCAGACCCCCUGCUGGCUUUCCGAAAGAUACUGCGGCAGUGGCUGGACCAGAACAUGGAUGGAGGCCCUCCUAUUGUGCAUUGCAGUGCUGGCGUGGGCCGGACGGGCACCCUCAUUGCGCUGGACGUCCUGCUCCGACAGCUGGAGUGCGAGGGGCUGGUGGGUCCCUUCAACUUCUUGAAGAAGAUGAGAGAGAGCCGGCCACUGAUGGUGCAGACAGAGACCCAGUAUGUAUUCCUCCACGAAUGCAUCAUGAGCUCCCUCCAGAAUUCAUCCCCUGCCUAUGAGAAUGUGGCAGGCGUCUACGAGAAUAUAGCUGCCAUCAGAGCCCACGAGUCUGAGGUCUCGGCUACUGGGUGCUGAGCCCAUGCACACGGAAGUACUCAGGCUGGAUAUGGACCCCCCCCCCAUGGAGCCCAGACACCAGGACCUCCGAGAGAACUGAGGAUUGCAGUCCCAGGCUCCCCAGAACACUGGAAAGCUGUCUCCUGUUGUCCACGGACAGGAUGGGAUUGGUGUACUUCAACUGUGAGCUCUGUGCGAGCUGGGAGCCCAAGGACAGGGGUAAAACCAGGGGAUUUCCUGUUCUUUGAGUGGAGGUGACUGCGGUCAGGGUAUGCAGGGUCCCAAAGAAAGAAGUUGGAACCUGGAUUCAGAAGCAAGAAUUGGGGUCUGCAAUUGUGCUACCUGAGGAGCAAGGGCAGGCAGGUACCUGCCCCCCGCCCCGCCCCCUUAUUUCAGAAACCAAACCGGUCUCCUUGAACUGGAGGCUGAAGGAGUCCCUUUGCUAGUGAUCGCCGUGGAGCCCUGAACAUUCUUUCUGUCUAUGUGAUUUAUUUUACUAUUCUCCCUAAGGUGGGUUUUUGUCUCUGGGAUAGGAGAGGGGGUUCCAGAUCACAACACCUGAACACGGAUGGGGAGAACUUGAAGAACCCAUUAUAUUCCACCACCCCCCUAAAAAUAUACAGGAUUGGAACUGGAAGAAUAGCACAGUUGGAAAACGCUUGCUUUGCAAACAUGGGACCUGAGUUUGAGCCCCCAGAAACCACGUGGAAAAAGCUGGGUGUGGUGGGACUUGCUUGCAGCGGCAGAAUGGAAGAGGCAGAGACAGACAGAUCCCUGGGGCUUGAUGGCCAGCCAGCCUAGUCUACUGGGUAUGUCCCGGGCCGAUGAGACCGUCUCUCAAGACGAGAUGGACAGGGACACUGAGAUGCCUCAGCUGGAAAAGACCCUUCCUGAGUUCAAUCCCCAGGAAGCCACACGGCUGUAGGAGGGAGCCGGCGCCUUCAGACUGUCUUUUGACCUCCACGUGCCCACUCCCCCACACAAAUAAAUAAACGUUAUUUAAGUUUUUA